AUGUCUGUUAGCUUGCAGACAUAUUUAAAUUCCAUCUGUCCGAUAGCUACCCUGUUGGAAGAGAACUCUUGGUUAGAAAUCCCCGAUGAACUAUACUCCAGACUCAACUCCAAUGUUUUUUAUAAUCAGUACAGGGUUCAACUCUCCAAAAAAUAUCUCAACAUAUCACGACCACCCCUUAGGGCCACCAAUGCACUCAAGGAGUCUACGACUUAUGUGUCGCUCCCUUUACAUGUGAUGUACAAGUUGACCGACCUUUUGAAACAAAAAUCUCGGUUCGAUGAAGGUAACAUACAAAUAGGGGCUAAUGUCAAUCCAUUUGUGACUGAUCCCUUCAAAUUUGUUGAACUCAACCCCGGGUGUCUUUCGGUGAUAAUGACCAUUGAGGAUAAUGGUGGGGGUGAUGGUAGUGGUACAGUUUUUGGAGAUUUUCAAGAUAAUAGUACUUCUAGUUUAACUAAUGGCAAUAUAAAAAGAUUGACCACUAAUUUCUCCAAGUUCUUAAGAAUGGACUGGACCUCAUUGGCUGUUGUCAAUAAAAAUACCAACUUCCACCCUUUAAAUGCACCUUCUGCUCCCUUGCCGUCUAUGAUCGACAAGAUAUUGAAAGUACAUGAUGCUCCCGCCUCCAUCCAGGGGAAACUUUUGGUUGCAACUCAUGUUAACAUCUUAAACAUCAUGUUUCUCAACUCUUUACAAGGUGGAAGUGGUGAAGAUGUUCUUAGAGUUCAAUUUAAGAAACUAAUUACCAGUGUUUCUUCCAACGGUAGUUGGGUCAUUCUAGGGUUUAGAACAGGUGAAAUAAUGAUUAUAGACAUUGUUAAAUUGGAGUAUCUUUCUUACGAUACAAAACUAUCACUGGCCAUUACUUGCAUUAAACCCAUGUUUAAUCAUAUUUGGAUAGGCUCUGCGUGUGGCCACGUUAUGAUUAUUAAUCCCAUAGGAACCAUUCAUCAACAUCAUCACUCUGGAGAUCCGAUGCUGGUGUCGACUAAGCCAAUUGUUGAUCAAUUUGUUACUUACAUCAAACCCUUCAACUUAUCGCCAUUUCAAUCGGCUUCAGGACCUGCAACAACAUCAACAUCAACACCAAAAGGCAAAGCAGACAAUGAAUUUGUUGUUGGUCAUUUCAAGAUAUCUCAAAAGCCUGUUACUACCAUGUCAUGCACUCAAGUGGUUGAUCAUAAGGUAACUGGAGGGGGAAACAGUGAGUCUACUUCUAUGGUGCACCAAAAUUUUACUCAAACACAUCAACAACCGUUAAUAGUGGCCAUUGGUUCUUCUGAUGGGUUUGUAAGAUUCUUUGACUUGGUCUCAGACAAGUUCUUAACGGAUAUUAUCUCCAACUAUCUGAACGAUGGAAUCUUGCAUGUGGAGUUCUCUCCAGAUAAUCGGUUUGUAUCUGUUGUUGGGAAGGGAGACUUAAUAGAGGUAUUCAAGUUGACGUACUAUAAUGUUGCCCUGUUAUUGGGGAAGCAAUUUGGUAAGGAAGGUGGUGUUGGUAGUGGUGGUGGGGGCCAUCAAAGUAAUCAUAUGACAGCCUCACCUAUUAAUGCUUCAUCAUCUUUUAUCCUACCAACUUCUAUGAACACUUCCAAGACCAGGUCCAGAAGCGGGACGUUAGGAAGCAUGGGAUCAGCAGAUAUUGUUAACAGUAAUGGCGUUGAUGAUGAUCGUUUCCAGGAUUGUCCUCCAGUGGUUAAAGACAUUGAGAUAGUCACUAGACUUAAAGGACACACCAAUACGGUGAGUAAGACUUAUUGGGAACUAACGAAGCUGAUCCCUCAUACGUAUCGUCUUAUCAGUUGUGGACAAGAUGGUCGAGUACAGUUUUGGGAUUUUGACUAUAAGUCCAUCCACAAGUUGAAGAAGAAGUUUGAAAGGCUUCCUAAACAUCACUAUCAUCACAACCAAAAUCAGCAUCAACAUCAGCAUCAACAUCAGCAUCACCAACAUCAACAGAAUUCCACCAAUCGUGGUUCGUCCAACCCCGUAAAAGCACCUACAUCUACUACGAACAACCAAUUCUUACAGAACCAUCUACAAGUUCCUUCUGGCUUUGAUGCAAGAUUGAAACGGCUUGUCAAGACACACCAAAGAAGGUUCUCGAAUGGAGAAGACUUGAACUUGCUUUCAUUGGCAUCGUCCAGCAGCUUGAACAACACCAAUUCGGGAACAGACUCCAGUAAAUUGGAAGCGACUGCUACAAUCACCACCAACACUAACAAUAAUACCAGCAGUAACACCAAUCACGAAAUAAUUAAUGGUUUCUACAGAAGUCUAUUUGAAAUGAGAAACAGAAAGGCUUCAACAGGAACAGCAUCAACCACAGUCAAUGAUCAUCAGGGCACAUUAAAGAAGUCAAGUCAUUCCAUUAUUCAUCCAAUUGUCUUUGAUAAGUUUGUUCCGUCUAUCACAAAUGCCAUCUGUUCUCUUGACUUAAGCUUGCUUAUAGGAGAUGCCAAAGUCGAUAACUGUUACGUUGAUGACGAGAAGAUCUACUGCAUGUGUAAGAACGGAGAUAUCUUUCACUUUACUCUUACUGAAGAAGCCAGACUCUUUUAG